UGAAUAGUUCGGAACUCACCCUAACGGCGAUUGUGGCGAUCUCUGUAAGUAAUUGUGUUUGGUAUUGAACGACGUUUGCCUUGAGCCUCGAUUUAUUUUCUCUUUGAAACUGCCAAAAUGGCAUCUUUAUGUGCAAGACUAGCACUUUCUACAAGAAAACAUGUUCUUUCAACUACUUAUAGGUUCGCCUCUGCUAAAGUGCCCAUGGGCGACCCUCUCGAACAUGCUACUGGUCUAGAAAAACGUGAACUGCUGGCUAAAGUUGCGGGUAACGAAGACCCAUUUGACGUUAAAGUUCUCAAAAGAGGAGCUGGAACCAAAGCGCAGCCCAACGAAAUUCCAUCAGCUUUCGAAGCUCGCUUAGUAGGUUGCAUCUGCGAGGAAGAUGCGACAUGCAUAACUUGGAUGUGGUUGCACAAGGGGGAGCCCAAACGUUGUGAGUGUGGGCACUGGUUCAAUCUUGUACACAAAGCUCCUGUAUAAUUUGUAUUACUGUUAUGUGCUCUAGAAUAAAUAGUGCUUAUUGUAAUAAAUUUAUUUCGUUCUUAUGUUAUUUCCUGUGUCAAUGUUUUAUUAACACCAAUAUUUUUCUUAUACAAGUCAUAUGUAUCUAAACAUUGAAUAUUGUAGUAGGAAGUUUGACAUCUCUGACAGGAGCAGUUGUAUCUGGAAAAUAGAUCAACAAUUGUUGUAUAUUAUUCAUUAUUUUAUGGUUCUUCUGACAAAGUUUUCCAAAAGUAUACCACAAUGUGAAGAAAUGUACAAAAGAUUGAAUAAAUAUCCAAACCAA